UCACAGCUGAACCGGAGUGUAUGCCGACUCUCAGCAGUCGAUGUUGUGACAGUUGGGUUUGGGGCGUUGGGCUAGCAAGAUAAAACGGCAGAUCUAGUGAAAUCAGUCAACGAACAGAAAGAAAACAAAGUGUGAAAAAAACAAAUGCAAUUAGAUAAUAAUAAUGGACAUAGAACAGCAGCACCAACAGCAACAGCCCCAAACGAGCAGCAGCAACAGAUGUGACAGCGAGAAAUGUCAAAAACUUAAAAGAUUUGUGAUUAUUGCCCUGCUGAUCACGAUUGGCAUUUUGAGUUGGCAUUUCUACGAGUACUUCCACAGCAAACCUCUACCCAAACUGCCAGAUGAUGUGCUGGCCUUAUCGCGGACUCUUUUUGCCGAAGAAUCGGCCCCCAGCAAAUAUCUCUUUAAGGUAAAUUUGCAGGGCAAGACAAGCUCUGGGGCACGCGAUGAUCGCGCACCACAACCUCUUUUUGAACUUCACAACGAUUUACUAGCGAGGGAUGCCAAUUCUACUACAAGUCUAUUGCUACGCCUCUUUAACAACUACGAAAUAGAUGUCAGCGUGCCAGAGCAGAUAACUGAAGAGCAUAAGCAAGAACAACUGGAUUUUUUGCGUAGUGUGAUGAAUACCCGAGUCAUGAAGCUCUCCAUGCGCUUCCUAGUGAAGAAGAAUGUGGUCAGCGACGACUAUGAUGAUCAACUAAAGCUACUUCAAGACCUUUGGUUCACACCAUACUCGCGUGGAAAAGGUGUUAUAGGCAGCUCCAGCUUUGAGCACAUAUUCCUAGCAGAAAAUCGAGAAAAUUCUGUUCUUGGUUUGCACAAUUGGCUGUACUUUGCAGAGCAGGAGCAACAGGGUCAUGUGGACUACAAAGGUUGGAUAAAGCGAGCUGAUACGGGGAGACAACACCAAUUCGCAUUGUCACUUCGUUUUGCAUUCUUUGGUAUACAAAAGCCGUAUAGUGGUUUCUUGGUGGGCACGUCGCCGGAACUGGAGAUGAGUUUAUACACGGUCUGCUUUUUAGUUACUCCCGAAAGGGAACCUUGCGAAAUUCAACUAGGUUCCGCUAAGCUAAGUAUUGUGUCUCACGUGUGGAAUUGGAAAGGCAAGCGACUGAUAGCAAGCGCUUAUGUUUCGAUUCCAUAAACGGAGUGCAGAGCAUGAAUUUCAUGAUAAGUACACACUCAGAAAAUAGUUUAAUUGCAAUUUUUUAAUACCAUAGGUAUCAAGUGUCACUGGUCUAGUCAACUCGAAUAUACCCUGUGCUUAACUUUUUUUGUUUAUUACUAUUGAGCCAUUGUACUAAAUACUUCUUAUAGCUCUAGUACAUGUAAAUCAAACGUUCUACAUUGCUCUAUCUCUCAAUGACUGUUAAAACGGUGUAUACAUACGGAGGCUAUUAAAGUACAUUUGUUAUUAAGUAUAUUUGUUGAAUUUCUGACUUGUGACGUCUAAAGUGCGUGUUAUUAUCAAUUUGUUGGCCUGUCAGUCUCCAGUCCGCCUCUUGUCAGAUCCAACCAACAGUUUGGCUAAGUUCUUUUGACAGCUUUGUACUGGAUUAAGACUUUUGAUGUUUUAGUGUCUCCCUCACUUCUGUUUUAUGCGUUCUUACACUUACGUUUAUGGAUUCUUUUAGCACUUACAGAAUUCUGUGACCUCUGCAUUGACACUUGACAUUGAACAUGCAAAUAUUAUGCACGCAAUAAAGACUCGAUUAAUCGUUCAACAUUUACUUUAGGUAGUUAUUUAUUGCUUUUGGAAUGUCAAAAGAUGUUUAUUAUUAUUAUUGUUAAUUUGUUUGUGUGCAUGUUAUCUGUAAGCAAUGUAAUUUAACUAACGUGGAACUCUAAAUAAAAAUAAUAAAUACC